AUGGCCAAAGGCGGUCGCUCCACUGGUCGCUCCCUCGGACACCGUCCCAACACAUCUAAAGCUUCCGAUAGGAGAAAAUUCAACGCUGCAGGUGCAGUAAAGCGUAUUGCCAGCAGGGGCAACAAAACAUCAACACUCGAUGUCUACGAGUUUGCGCAAGCGAAGAAUCGUCGUUUGUCCGUUCGGCAGGAACUGGACAGAGAUGAGGAAGAGUUGGGGAGAGGGGAGGCAGAUGAUCUAGAUGGCGUGCGGCUACCACCUCAGUUCAGGAUGCCAGCGGAUGAUGAGGACGGGAUCGUUGGGAGCGGCGAUGAUGAGGAAAUCGACUCUGAUGAAGCGUUUGAGGGCGACAGUGACGAGGAAGGAUUCGCUAAUUUCAACUUUUCCAGUAACAAGAAGAAGGUGUCGGCGGCCAAGAAGGCUCAACCUGCCCAAAAGGUAUCCAAGAAAGCAUCUACGGCUGGACCCCUCAUUAAUUUAGAUGAAGAUGUGGACACCUUUGGCGGAUUUGGGGAUGAGAAAGAUAUAGAUAGUGGGGACGACGAUGAGGAUGACGACCAAGAGGAGGAUGAUGAUGACGAUAUGGAAGGCAACGACGGCGAUUUCAUGGACCUAUCAAGAGUGCUUGACGAUGGCCAUGAUGGAGAUAAAGAGGACGACAAGGACGAAGACGGAGAUGAGGGUCCAAUGUCAAGUCACGCACGCACAGAGGAGUCAAGAGUAUUACUCACGCAGCCAGGCGAAGAUGACGAACGAGCAGAACAAGAAGACGACAUGGAAGAGGAUCACGAGGACGAUGAGGGAGAGGAGGAAGAGGACCGAAAAGACACCGCAGAAGACGAUGACGAUGACGAUGAUGAUGAGGGUGAUCUUGCCAAGCUGUCUUCCUUCAUCGACAGCUUCAGUCGCAAGCGCAAGCUUGACGACGAUGAUGUCGAACACCAGCCGGAAGCGCGCAAGGCGAAACGUCGUAUUCUCCCUGAGACUAGUCAGGCUGGACCGGAGAACGAGUUCGCAGUACCUAGUGGGGUACAACAGGGGAGAAAGAAGCUACAGCUGCAGGAUCUACUGGCUCCUUUAUCACAAGAAGCUGGAGCGGCAGAUUUGCUCUCUUUGCAAAAGUCGACCAAAGCCCUGACAUCAGACAAGGCGGCUGCUCCGCUUUCUGCCCCUCUCCCUCUGCGCGCACAAGAGAAACUUGAUCGGCAAGCAGCAUACGAGGCCACCAAGACCGAAGUCCAAAAGUGGGCUCCGACGAUGCGUCGUAUUCGCGAAGCAGAGCACCUGUCCUUCCCUCUACAGUCUGAGCCCGUGCCCCGGGAGACGAACGCAUCACUCGCCUCAAGCUUCAAACCAUCGAAUGAGAUGGAGUCCGCGGUGGAUAGGCUGUUAAAGGCUGCCGAGCUGCGGGAAGAGGAUGUGCUGAAGACGGAGGAGUUGGGUAUGGCACAUUUGAGCAAGGAGGAGGUUUUGGCCAGGAGAAAAGAGCUCAGGCAGAUGAGGGAACUCAUGUUUCGAGCGGACUUGAAAGCCCAUCGAGUGGCGAAGAUCAAGAGCAAGGCAUACCAUCGACUACAGAAACGACGAGAGAAGAAGGAGCGACAGGCUCUCGAGGAGGCUGGAUUGUUGCCAGAUGGGGAUGAUGCCGGCGAGGACGGCCAGGAGAAGAGAAGAGAGCUAGAACGGGAUCGUGCGCUUGAACGGGCAACACAACGGCACAAGAAUACGGGCAAGUGGGCGAAAGCAAUGCUUGCCAGAGGAGAGAUGGACAUCGAUGUGAGACGUGAGAUGAACGAGCAACUGGAGCGAAGUGAGCAACUGCGGCAGAAGAUCCUUGGUCGAUGUGAAAGCGAGGACGAGAGCGAGAGCGAAGACGAUGAUAACGAUGACGACGACACGAUACGCCGGAAAGCAUUCGACGAGCUGGCUGCGCUGGAAACGGAAGAUGCGGCGGAAAACACCGGCAAUCACAAGGGCAUCAUGUCUAUGAAAUUCAUGCAACAUGCUGCAGCGGAAGAUGCACAGCGCGUGCGUAGGGAACAGGAUGACUUCGUCCUUGAGCUGGAGCGGAUGGGUGCCGACUCAGGAAAGUUACAACAGGAAGAGAAAGACGACGACGAUGAGCGGCAGGCGUAUGUGCUUGUUGGUGGGAACAAGGGAAGACGAGUAUUCGGUCCAGGCGCUGUCGUUCAGGCGCCAACUAGUGACGCACUGCCUGGCGCAGUCCUUGAUGUCACUGAGGCUGUUGCGCUCUCGCUGUCCGAUGACGAAGUUGUGCCGGAUCCUCGCCCAACCGGAUCUUCUGCAAAUCCCUGGCUCGCAGCAGGAGGCCCUAGCAAGCUUACGAGCAAGAAGAACCAUGCUCUCACCAAAGACAGCACCGCGGCUGAGAAGAGCCAGGCCGCGUUGAAAGGUGUUCUGGCCAAGACCAACGCGUCCAAGAAACAGCGGGAAGACGAAGCGAGGGUCGAGAUCAGCAUGAAUGACUUGCUUCAGGUUGAUACGGGCAAGGAAACGAAGGCUGCCGCCGGCCAGAAAAAAGCGAAGGGCAAGAAGGCAGAGAAAGCGAAAUCAACAGCCCAAAUCGCCACCGUUGAUGAAGCGUACAAGGAUGAGGACAGCGAGGAUGAGGCAAACGUCAAGUCCACCGCUGCCUUUACACAAAGAGAACUUGUCGCUCAAGCUUUUGCGGGGGAUAACGUUAUUGAGGAGUUCGAAGUCGCCAAAAAGCGCGAAGUGGAAGCUGACGCUCCUCGGGAGGAAGACGUUACACUUCCAGGCUGGGGUAGCUGGGGAGGGAAAGGCACCCGGCCACCGAAGCGCAAGGUUAUCAAGAGUAUCCCAGGUGUUCUGCCGACGCAGCGCGAGGACGCCGGGAAGAAGAAUGUUAUUAUCAACGAGAAGCGAGACAAGAAGGGCGCGAAGUACCAGGUCAAAGACCUGCCGUGGCCAUAUACCAGCCAAGGGCAGUUCGAGCGCAUGAUCGAGCAGCCAGUGGGAAGCGAGUGGAAUACCCGGACUACGCAUCAACGUCUUACGGUGCCGAAAGUGGUCAAGAAGAUGGGUACUGUUAUUGAUCCGGUGGAGAAGCUUUUCUAAAGUAUGAGCUCCGUUCUCUCGUGUACGACAUGAUACCUUGCAUGCUGUUAUUAUAGUCUCCAUGAUACUUAUACAUUGACGGUUAC